GCUUGGCAGAGAAGGGUGGUAUUGCUGGAGUGCAGCUCCGGCGGCGGUGUCAGUUAUCUGUGUGGGUUGUCACACGGAGCACAUCGUCUUGUUAGAGCCACAGACCCCCGCCCAGGAGAGGGCCAUUCAAUGAAGUGAAGGCACAAGCUCUUCCAGACACUGACUCCAUGUGGUGUGGGGUGACCCUGUACUGACACUCGCCCGUCAUCCAGAGAAAGAAGCAGGAGGAUAUAGUCGCUGGUUAUGGCCGUCCUGGAGCUGGCCCUACAAGGUCUCGCCAUCUUCGGCGUCGUCCUUUUCUUCGUCCUGUGGUUCAUGCAUUUCUUAUCCAUCAUCUACACGCGGCUCCACCUCAACAAGAAAGCAUCCGACAAGCAGCCUUACAGCAAGCUUCCUGGCGUUUCACUUCUUAAACCACUAAAGGGGGUUGAUACUAAUCUAAUCAACAAUUUAGAAACGUUCUUUGAAUUAGACUAUCCAAAGUUUGAAAUCCUCCUUUGCGUUCAAGAUGUUGAUGAUCCGGCAGUGGACGUAUGUAAAAAACUUCUUGGGAAAUACCCCAACGUGGACGCCAACUUAUUCAUAGGUGGUAAAAAGGUUGGCAUCAACCCAAAGAUAAACAACCUAAUGCCUGGGUAUGAACUUGCCAAGUAUGAUCUCAUAUGGAUUUGUGACAGUGGCAUUAAAGUGAAACCAGACACCCUCACAGACAUGGCCAAUCAAAUGACUGAAAAAGUUGGCUUGGUUCAUGGACUUCCUUAUGUGGCAGACAGGCAAGGUUUUGCUGCUACGCUAGAACAGGUUUAUUUUGGAACUUCCCAUCCGAGGUCAUACAUUUCUGCUAAUGUCACUGGUAUCAAGUGUGUAACGGGGAUGUCCUGUUUAAUGAGGAAAGAGAUUCUGGACCAAGCAGGUGGACUAAUUGCAUUUGCGCAAUAUAUAGCUGAAGAUUAUUUCAUGGCCAAGGCAAUAGCAGAUCGGGGUUGGAAAUUUUCUAUGGCUACCCAAGUUGCAAUGCAAAAUUCUGGUUGUUACUCCAUAUCUCAGUUUCAGUCUAGAAUGAUCAGAUGGACUAAGCUCAGAAUCAAUAUGGUACCUGCCACAAUCGUGUGUGAACCGAUCUCUGAAUGUUUUGUUUCAAGCUUGAUCAUCGGCUGGGCCGCCCACUACAUUUUCCGAUGGGACAUCAUGGUGUUUUUUAUGUGUCACUGUUUGGCUUGGUUUAUAUUUGAUUAUAUUCAACUGCGGGGUGUUCAGGGUGGGCCUCUUCCUUUUUCCAAACUGGACUAUGCAGUUGCGUGGUUCAUCAGAGAGUCUAUGACAAUAUAUAUCUUUUUAUCUGCCCUAUGGGAUCCCACCAUCAGCUGGAGGACCGGAAGAUAUAGGUUGCGAUGUGGAGGCACAGCAGAAGAAAUCCUUGAUGUAUAGUUUUGGACCUUUAAUUGUAUAUAAAAGGAAGAAAAAAAAAAUGAAAGAAAAAAAAAAGUAUUAUAAA